GCGGCUGGACCUGUGCUUGGCGGGGCUGGGGCGCAUUGCCAUGGCAGGGGGUGCGACCAAGUGGCUGGAGGACGGAAGCGUGAAGAGCUUGACGACGGAACCAGUGCUGGCGUACUGGCGCGUGGGCGACACGAACGCCGAGAUGCCUAUCAGGAGGCCGAUCCGGUACCAGAGCUGGGCUCGCCGACCACGGCGCCACGCUCAACCACUCUCGACUCUCCUUGUCGACCUGCCUGGAGUUCACGGGCUGCCACCUUGCACGGAGGACGGGCUCCCAGAAUCGGCAUCGCCGUGGGCGAGACCUGCAGGGGAGGACAUGUGCGAGGCGAUCCACGUGACGGAGGACGAGGCUGAGACGCUGGAGGAGCCAGGCAGGGCCCCCUGGAAGCAGGAGGCGGACCGAGAGCUGGCGAAGAAGUUCCUGCGAAUGGACUUUGCGAAGGUGAGGGCCAACAAGUACACGGUGAUAAUCCCUCCUCCUGGGCUGGCGCGACCAGCUGAAACGCAACGCCAGGGGACCAGCCAGGAGGAGGCACUGGCCCUGGAGCUGGAGCAGUGCGACGACGCGCUCAAGGACAUCUACGUGUGCGGAGUGGAGCUGGAGGACGGCAGCAGGUUUCUUACUCUUGUGAGCUAUGCGAAUUCGAUGGGGCUGAGUGGGAUGACUUCAGGAGGCACCUCGGCUCAAACCAUCUUCCCUGGCGAAUCACAGCUGAACGACCUGGAAGGCAGAGCGAUGGCCGACAUGGACGACCUCGGGAUGCCCAACUGGUUGAAGCGCGGAGCGGAGGAGACGGAAGCCCCUGGAUUGGACAAGCCCAAAGACAAGAAGCCGAAGCAGCAGGAAACCAGAGGGGGCGGCGGCGGAGGCAAGGGCACCAACAACGGCAUCGCGGACCUGUGCACGGCGACGGCGAAGUUGUCCAUGGCGACGGCGAGGCAGGUCGCGGCGCUGGAGGAGGGCGAUGAGCUGAAGGCAAAGCAGGUCAAGGGCGAGCAGGUGGACUUCAAAGCGCGAAGCAGCCCGCACAACAGGCUCUUCACGAAUACGGUGCGCUGGAUCCUGCAGCAGACCGCGGCGACGGGCAAGCACGCGAACGAGACGGCCCACAAGGCGCUGGUGCAGUACGGGACAGAACAGGUGAUGGUGAGGACGCCCAAGCAGCUGGAGAAGGGCUGCUACCAGCUCCGCUGCCGCAAGAGCAGGGCCCAGGAGGACAAGGACGGCACGUACGGGGUGCUCUCGAUGGCCUUCGGCAGGAUGGGAGCGGGGGCGGCAGCGGGCCAACCAAUCUGGACGUCCACCAGGGACCCGGAGACGGCCAUGGAGAUGACGGGCGCAGCGCCUCGAGGACCACUCGAACGAGAGACGUCCAGGUGCCUGGCGGCCGUGACGGGCGGCAAGAAGGAGUGGGCCUUCGUGGGAGCGAGAGGCUGCGAGCCUUGA